AUGACGGGGGAAGGGAAGGUGACUACCUCGAGAGCCAAGCCGCCCGGCCUCGCCAGCCCGCCGCCGCCUCGGCGUUUGGCCGGGGGCGGGGCCGCAGGUGCGUUAUACCCGGGGGAGGGGCGCGGCCGGAGGGGUCGGGCAGGGGUCCCUGCGGGGCCGGGCCUCGCUGGGCCGCCCUCGGCCUGCGCGCGCCACCCCAGGGGGUUGCGGAAGGAGGCUGUUGGCGCGAGGUUUGGGAGUCGCGGGCUGCUGGGCAGGCGGAAGGAUAAAAGGCCUGGGAAGGAGAGGGGGGAUCAAGGAUGCAGCGAGGGGUGUGUGUGUGGGGGAGGUCCUGAUCAUUUUUUGGGUCCGGCGGGCGGAGCUGGUGGGACUUGGCUGCCGCCCCCCUUAUGCGAGGGCUCCCAUCCCCGGCUCACAGCCCGCGCGCCCCUUCUCCACCCUCGUCCUAGUCCAGCUGCCGCGGCCAUCGCCGCCCCUCAAGUAAUUAAGUAA